CGGCGCGUCAGUCUGCGAGAGUCCGGUGGUGGGUGCGGAGCCAGCGGCUGUUCCAGCGGCCUCCUCCUCCUCCCCGUUCCCCUCACCCCGACCCCGCAACCCCUUUCCCCAUUCCGGCUCCGUCACCCUCCCGCCCCCCACACUCGGGACAAGAAUGCCCUGCCCGGAACAACCCAGCAGCGCCUAGAUGGCUUUGGUCACGGUCCAGCGGUCGCCUACCCCCAGCACCACCUCCAGCCCCUGCGCUUCGAGCUCUCAUUUGGAAGACAGUGAAUCAGCAGCGUUACUUUGCUGUGAAUGUGAAGAAUCAGAAAUCUUUAGUGAUUCCAAUGAGGCAGACAGUGGGGAGGAGGAAUGCCGGUCACAGCCCAGGAGCAUCAGUGAGAGCUUUUUGACUGUCAAAGGUGCUGCCCUUUUUCUACCACGGGGAAAUGGUUCGUCCACACCAAGAAUCAGCCACAGACGCAACAAGCAUGCAGGCGAUCUUCAACAGCAUCUCCAAGCAAUGUUCAUAUUACUCCGCCCAGAAGACAACAUCAGGCUGGCUGUAAGACUGGAAAGUACUUACCAGAAUCGAACACGCUAUAUGGUAGUGGUUUCAACUAAUGGUAGACAAGACACUGAAGAAAGCAUUGUCCUAGGAAUGGAUUUCUCCUCUAAUGACAGUAGCAUUUGUACCAUGGGCUUAGUCCUGCCUCUCUGGAGUGACACCCUAAUACACUUGGAUGGUGAUGGUGGGUUCAGCGUAUCAACAGAUAACAGAGUUCACAUAUUCAAACCUGUAUCUGUACAGGCAAUGUGGUCUGCACUACAGAGUUUACACAAGGCUUGUGAAGUGGCCAGAAUGCAUAACUACUACCCAGGCAGCCUAUUUCUCACCUGGGUGAGUUAUUAUGAGAGCCAUAUCAACUCGGAUCAAUCCUCAGUCAAUGAAUGGAAUGCUAUGCAGGAUGUGCAGUCCCACCGGCCCGACUCUCCAGCUCUCUUCACAGACAUACCAACUGAACGUGAGCGAACAGAAAGACUAAUUAAAACCAAAUUAAGGGAGAUUAUGAUGCAGAAGGAUUUGGAGAACAUUACAUCCAAAGAGAUACGAACAGAGUUGGAAAUGCAAAUGGUGUGCAACUUGCGGGAAUUCAAGGAAUUUAUAGAUAAUGAGAUGAUAGUGAUCCUUGGUCAAAUGGAUAGCCCUACACAGAUAUUUGAGCAUGUGUUCUUGGGCUCAGAAUGGAAUGCCUCCAAUUUAGAGGACUUACAGAACCGAGGGGUACGGUAUAUCUUGAAUGUCACUCGAGAGAUAGAUAACUUCUUCCCAGGAGUCUUUGAGUAUCAUAACAUCCGGGUAUAUGACGAAGAGGCAACAGAUCUCCUGGCAUACUGGAAUGACACUUACAAAUUCAUCUCUAAAGCAAAGAAACAUGGAUCUAAAUGCCUUGUGCAUUGCAAGAUGGGGGUGAGUCGCUCAGCCUCCACUGUGAUUGCCUAUGCAAUGAAGGAAUAUGGCUGGAAUCUGGACCGAGCCUAUGACUAUGUGAAGGAAAGACGAACAGUGACCAAACCCAACCCCAGUUUUAUGAGACAACUGGAAGAGUACCAGGGGAUCUUGCUGGCUAGCAAACAGCGGCAUAACAAACUCUGGAGAUCUCAUUCAGAUAGCGACCUAUCAGACCACCACGAACCCAUCUGCAAACCUGGGCUAGAACUCAACAAGAAGGAGAUCACCACCUCAGCAGACCAAAUUGCUGAGGUGAAGACCAUGGAGAGUCACCCACCCAUACCUCCCAUUUUCAUGGAACAUGUGGUCCCACAAGAUGCAAAUCAGAAAGGUCUCUGUACCAAAGAAAGAAUGAUCUGCUUGGAGUUUACUUCUAGGGAAUUUCAUGCCGGACAAAUUGAGGAUGAAUUAAACUUAAAUGACAUCAAUGGAUGCUCGUCAGGGUGUUGUCUGAAUGAAUCAAAAUUCCCUCUUGACAACUGCCAUGCAUCCAAAGUCUUAAUCCAACCUGGACAAGCCCCAGAAAUGGCCAGCAAGUUCCCAGACUUAACAGUGGAAGAUUUGGAGACAGAUGCACUAAAAGCAGAAAUGAACGUUCACUUACUGCCUAUGGAAGAAUUGACAUCUCGACUAAAAGACCUCCCCAUGUCCCCUGAUCCUGAGUCACCAAGCCUCCAACCCAGUUGCCAGGCUGAAAUUUCAGAUUUCAGUACAGAUCGCAUUGAUUUUUUUAGUGCCCUAGAGAAGUUUGUAGAACUGUCCCAAGAAACCCGGUCCCGAUCUUUUUCCCACUCAAGGAUGGAGGAAGUGGGUGGAGGAAGGAAUGAGAGCUAUCGACUGUCAGUGAUAGAAGUAGUCCCUUCCAAAGUGACAGCUGAUGACCAGAGAAGCAGCUCUUUGAGUAAUACUCCCCAUGCAUCUGAAGAAUCUUCGAUGGAUGAGGAACAGUCAAAGGCAAUCUCAGAACUGGUCAGCCCAGAGACCUUCAUGCAAUCUCACUCAGAAAAUGCAGUUUCAGUCAAAGAAAUCAUCACUGAAAUUGAGUCCAUCAGUCAAGGAGUUGGACAGAUCCAACCUAAAGGAGACAUCCUGUCUAACCCAUGCCAUACACCAAAGAAGAACACCAUCCAUGAGCUGCCCCUUGAGAGGCCUCAGGCCCCAGAGAACAAACCUGGACAUCUGGAGCAGGACGAGGGUUCCUGCACAGCCCAGCCCAAACUAGCCAAACACUCAGGGAAGAGUGACUCAGAAGGCUGCUUAACCACACACUCAUCCACAGCAGACUGGGAAGAAGAGGAACCAGAGGGGGAACAAGAGCUCCAGGGCCCAGGGAUGCAUCCGGGUGCCAAGUGGUGCCCCGGAUCUGUGAGGCGAGCCACCUUGGAGUUUGAAGAGCGCUUACGGCAGGAACAAGAGCAUCAUGGUGCUGCCCCUGCAUGUACCUCAUUGUCCACUCGAAAGAAUUCCAAAAAUGAUUCUUCUGUAGCAGACCUAGCACCAAAAGGGAAAAGUGAAGAAGCUAACCCAGAACAUUCAUUUGUCCCUAAGGAACCAGAGAUGAACAAGGGCAGUGGGAAAUGCAGUGGGUCCGAGGUUGGCCCACUAUCCCAUUCUGAGCAGAAUGCCAUUUUUCCAGCACCCGAGCUGCUGGAAUUUCACCCCUUUCCAGCUCCUCAGGAGUGCCCAGGGUCAGAUGUUAGAACAAAGCAGGAAGGGGUCCUGAAGGAACAGAGAACUGUGGUUUCAUACCAGCGGUCUGAGAUACAGGCAUUCCCUCUCCCCCUUCCCAAGAGGAUAGAAAUCAUUGAGUAUACCCACACAGUUACAUCACCUGAUCACACUGGGCCAGGGGGUGAAAUAGCCACCAGCAAAAACAGUGGGGAGCAAGGACUGAGGAAAGUGAAAGUGGAGAAGUCGGUCACUGUGCUCUGUGCAUUGGAUGAAAAUCUGAACAGGACUCUAGAUCCCAACCAGGUUUCUCUGCACCCUCAAGUGCUACCUCUUCCUCAUUCUUCCUCUGCUGAGCCCAACAGGCCCACUGACCCAACCUCCACACUGAGCAGCACUGAAGACAGCAGCGACAGCCCAGCUACAGUCCUGGAGACAAUAGCGCCUUUUGUCGGUUGCACAACCCACACACCGUCUGCCAACUUGGAUUACCUGCAUCCCCAGACCAUGGUUCACCUGAAAGGCUGCACAGAGCAAAGCAGCACCACAGAUGAGCCCUCUGCAGAGCAGCCUAGCUGGGAAGAAAGUCAGGAGGGCCCCCUCUGCAGUGGCAGUGAAGUGCCAUACCAGGGCUCCCAGUUAAGUAGCAAAGACUUGAGUUUAAUUAGCAAUCUUGGUGACAACAUUGGGGAGUUAGAGGAAAAACUGGACCCAUCAUCUUUAGCCUGUCAACUCCCACAUAGCGCUAGUGAAAAUAUAAAGGGUCUCAGCGACAGCCCCAGUGUGUUGGUGAAGGAGUGCACUAACGAAAUCGAGCCCCAAGUGAUUUUUCAGGCAGAACUCACCAAACCAUUCCAAAUGAGGCGCUCAGCUUCUCUCGCCAAGUUAUGUUACUUGGACCUCUGCAAAGACUGUUUACUAGAGAGGGAGCCUGUCUCCUCUGAGUCCCCUCAUCUCAAACUGCUUCAGCCCUUUAUCAGAACAGACUCGGGCAUGCAUACCAUGGAGGCUCAGGAGCCCCCAGAAAACCCAGGUGCCUCCAAGAACCCAGAGCCCACCAAGUAUUUUGUAGAGCAACUCAAAACUACAGAGUGUAUCGUGCAAAGCAAGCCAGUGGAGAGGCCCCUUGUGCAGUAUGCCAAAGAAUUUGGUUACAGUCAGCAGUGUUUGCUCCCCAGGGCAGGACCUAAAUUGACUAGUUCUGAAGGAGGCCUUCGUCUGCUACAGACCCAGGGACUGCAGUGUGCAAGCCCAGCUCCAGGGCUGGCUGUGGCACCCCGUCAGCAACAUGGCAGAACUCACCCCCUUAGGAGACUGAAAAAGGCAAAUGAUAAAAAACGGACAACCAACCCCUUCUAUAAUACCAUGUGAUUCUGAGCCUAUACGUGUGACUUUCUCAAAGAAAUGUUUGUAAAAGGGGCAGGUGUAAUACGUAAGGAACAUGCACUUUAUUGGUUAAUUUUAUAAUAUUUUGGUCAUUUUACUGUUUCUGUCGCAUGCAGGGUUUGGAUUUUUCUGUGUGUGUGUGUGUGUGUGUGUGUGUGUGUGUGUGUGUGUGUGUGUGUGUGUGUGUACACUAUGUAGGAGAGAGAGAGAUUGAUUUGAACAGCAAGACCAUUUUAUCAUUUUUUAUUUUUAAAAAAUUCAAACCUCAAAAAAAACUCAUUUUCAAAGAACACCUUUAUCAAAGGCAAAUUGCUGUUUUUCAGUCAGCUACCACCUGCUCCUUAUUUUGCCCUCUGAGAAAAGGCAUGCAGAUGGAGAGGGUGGAGAUGAAGCUGGGAAUUGAAAUGCUCCCCCCUGGGGCCUUUGUGAUGAUGGUCUGGUUUCCAGACCUGAGGCAUUGGAUGGCCUUCAGGGUGACAGGUUGUCAGAGUGCUCUCGGCCUUUGUCUCCAGCCCCAGCCUUUUGGAGUUCCUGAAAUAGGCAGGUUCUGCUUUGUUUUAAAAGGGGAUCUUCCAGAAUCCAUUUCUUCUGGUAUUCCAGAGUGUAUUGUUACAGAAAGGCAUGAUAAUGGCUGGCUUUGUAAGUUAUCAAGCAAAUAGUUUUUUCCCCAAGAAAAUUUUUGAUAUUAAAUUAAAAGGGAAGCCCAAACGAAGUCCAAGACAUCUUCUGUUUAGGGAAACAUGUUAAGAGGAGGAGGACAUAAGUUGGGGGUGGAAAACCUGCUGCUUAGUAAUUUCUGGGUUGGUGGGCUCCACACAGGUGGUCACCCUGGCUCUUCCUGCCAGAAAAGGCUCUGCAGCAUCCUCUCAACUAAAACACAAUAGUGACAAAUUUGAAAAACAGCAAUCAAAAGUCAAUGUGUUCUUGUAAAAUGAAUACAUAUAUAGGGUUUUAACUCUUCCAUUACUUGAAUAAUUCUGUGGGCCUUCUUAGUUUAAUGGCCAUAUUUUUUUCCAAUUUAUUUUCCUCCCCCAUACGUUUCCCCCAUGCUGCCUUUUUUUUUUUUAAAUCCAUUAUAUUUGAAUUGUUAAUUACAUAUAUAUAACCUUCAUUGAAUGCAAAGUUUUCUUUUGUAUAUUAUCACUGUUAACACUUGACAUAAUUUUUCUUUCCCUGGAAGUUUUGUCAUUUCUCUAAAGUUUAUACACAGUGUUUAUGUACAUAAUGUCAUUUUCUUCCAGUGUUUUGUUGUUGAUGUUGUAGGGUCUUUUUGAUUUAUUCUUUUAAAGAAGGAAUAGAGUUGCAACUGGAAAACACAAAGAUACCAGAAAUAAAACUGAUGGGUAUUGACAGGAAUCUGCACAAUAUAUUGAUGGUGAUAUCAGUAUUUAAAUGCAGACUUCUAAUUGUCAGCUCCUGCCAAAUUGUGCAUUAUUAACUUCCUCCUCAGAGAAAGACUACCCUAAAGGCUCUGUUUAGGUCACAGUGUAACUGUAGGCUGAUUUCUCUUUGAAACUGAAAUCCCACAAUGUUAUCUGCCAGUAAUUGAACCACAGCCAGGGAAGGUGUAUGAGUUGCCCAGAGUGGUAGCUCCUAAUGGAAGCUAGAGGCCACAGGAGAGUCUUCCACCAUGGGCAAGUGCUCAGUGACUCCAUGUAGGAUGCUGUUGCUUUUUAACACAGGAGCACUUGCCAUAAACAAGCCUCUUUCAGCUUCUUACAGAAAACAGUUUAACCUGGAAUGAAACACCUUUGCAGCUCAUCAGUACUGAUGAAGUUUGCAAAUUUGCUUUCUGUUUGCUUUGGUUGAUGUCCACAUUGCUGAGGACUGACUGAGUUCAGACUUGAGACUUAAGUUUUUGGUUCAUCACAGCAUUGAGAGGAAAAGACAGAUGCACGGACUGUCACAAUGAUGUCAGAGGCCAAAGUUGGGGCAAGUAGUAGGGCAACACAAAGGAUACAAAAAAGGUGGACUAGGGCCAUCUUAGGGGCUCACAAGGAGCUGUGAAUUCAUUCGCUGUACGGAAGUGACAUCAUUGCCAGGGGGCAGGUUGGACAGAAACCACCUGCUAAAAGUGUCUUUAUGGUGUAGUGAUUAUGUGUACCUUUGCUGACCUUUAGUGGUUUCCUUAAAUGUUCAAAUGUUUCAAAAGCUACACAGCUUUGUGAUUCUUGGAUGGUUAUGUGUUGUAAAGUGUUCUGUGUAUCAGUGUGAGGAAGCUUGUGAGACAGGAUUGUGAAUUUCCAGGGCUCACCAUCUAAACUGUCCUGUCUUGCUAAGGCAAUUACACCACCAAUAUGAUAGGGAAAGGACAGGAAAUUAUGGGGGCUGGGAGAGGAGGAUUUGCAUGGAGAUUAAGAGAGUGGCAUCCACUCAGGGUAACCUCUUUGAGAUGUGACAUCCUACACAUUAGGAAGUAAGUACAAGCAGUAUUGACAGUGUUGCACUGUUCCUUCUCCCCUGCCAUUGUGUUUAAUGCCCACUCUCACUGCAUUAAAUAACAAAAAUGGGGAGGAAACCCUCUAAUGCUGUGAAAAAAAAAAAAUUAUUUUUUUAACAAGUGGAGGAAACAGUUGUGCUCUCCCUUCCUUUUUUUUUUUUUUUAAUUACUUUUUUUAUCAUUUAACUUAACUGCCUAAAUUAACAUCGUCUAUAUAAGGUCUGUAUUUCAACCAUGCCAAGGGGUUUUGCCAGCCCUCUCAAACUCCCACAGUUGGGUGUUCUUGAGUUAUUUACAUGGCUGAGCAAUGUCCAGGGGAGAUACAUAAUGAGCUGUCAAGGAGUUUUCACUUUCUUCAAACUUUUUUAUAAUCUCGGGUGACCUGUUUCCCUUUUUUGUUCCUGGAAAACCCAGACCUGGAACACCAGGUUUGGUAGAUGGACAGAGAUGAGAAGGAAAAACCUUCACCUCUUGCCCAGUGCCUUGCUUUAUCUUUUUUUUUUUUUUUUUUUUAAACCGCCAUAAUCUGACUCUCAGUUACUCUGGAGAGAGAGAAAAGGUUUGUGUGUGUGCAUUUGUCUGUAUGCAUAAAGAGUCAGCAUUUUGGUGCAUGGAGAAAAGCCCCAGGAGCAGACAGAUUUGAGCUGUAAUCUGGAUGGUUACCUGGCCAGUAGCAGAAAAAACCCAACCCUUUCUUGAUUUUUGGAAACACUUAGGAGCAGUGUGUAUUAUAGUAGACAUGUAGUACUGUAGAAUGGUAAUGUUCAUCUCUCCUCAUUUUGGUUGCCUUUCAGAUUCUAAGUGUUUGGGAUCAUUCCUAGCAUCUCAGCCUAUUAAUCUAGCAGUUUCAUGUUUCUGUUCCUUUAUAUUUUAACUGGUAUUUCCUCUUUCUCAUUUUGGGAGCUACCAAGAGCUCCAAGGGCAACCUGAGGAUGACAGCCCAGGCUCUGAGUUCUCUCCUGCUCAUGGGCCCCAGACAGAUGCUGAUGGGUAGACCAGUAGCUUCUGAGACAGCAGCUCACAGAAAUCUUCACCUGUUUCAUCUGAGGAUUUCAGUUCUGAAGUGAUCUAGGCUUUUUUGGUAAAGAUGUUUUUGUGGGAGUUGUUUCUUGGUUUUUUUCUUUUUCUUUUUCUUUUUUUUUUUUUUCUUAGGAAAGUAUUAUGCAAAAAGUCAUUUUUAAGGGCAUUUUUAAAUAAGGCCAUUCUUUGGCUCUUUGGACAACUAUUUGUGGAUACUUUGUUUACAUUGUAUUAAAACGUGGAUCAUCUUUUGGCCACUCAGUCAUCCAGGCACCCAGGCCCUGGUUAUCCUGUGAGUCCUCUCGCAGAGUAAUGCCGUAAUGGUGAACCCUUGUGGAUAAAUGGGUAAAACCUGGAGCUGACUUUCAUCUGUGUCCUGCACUCCCAUCCAAUACUCUCUAUGGAAACAGUCAUUUCCUCAGUGAUGGUGUGUCUUACAGUGAUGGUUGUAAUGGUGAAUGGCUAGUGUCGUUAAUUUUGUUUUGCUUUUUGAUAAUAUACAAGAUGAAAUUUUAGCUGUUUCAGCACCAAUCCAACUUAAAAGCAUCUCGGACUUUGUUUUUUCUUCUAAACUAAAAGAUCAAGGCAUGUAUUAGACAUAAACGUAUUUGCUGCCUCAACUAACCCAACACCCAUAUUAGGAAAAGGCCUGUUACUGAAGCAGGAAGCUGCAUACUUCUGACCCUCCUCCCAGGGUUUGAGGUCCCUCAACACCAUGGAGAGCUAUUGCAAGGUGCUUCUGUACUUUUCCAGCUUGGAAGUGGAGGGUUGACUGGGCCUGGCUCCUGCUAUGAGAAGAGAACCAGCCUCAUUUUCUCAGUGACCCAGAGAUCUGGGACAAGAUUUCUAAACUGGAAUCAUCCUCAUCAGCUUGAAGAUCCCCCAAGAGGUAUAUGACUGAUGCUGCCAUCUGUGUCCUCACAGUGGUGCUGGUGACAGCAUCCUGUGUAUACAUGCAGAUCUAAUACCCAGGGCUUAACUCAAGCUGAUGACCCAAACUGAAAACUGGGUAACUGGCCCUGAAAUGUUUCCCAGUCAGUAAGCCCACAGGGAAUUAUUUGUUUUUUAUGUUUUGUUGGAUUUUGGUUUGCUUGGCAUAGCUAAAGGUGCCUUUUCUUUUUUUCUUUCUACUUUAUUUUGUAGGACUUGUUUUAAACAUGGAAAACAAGUCAGAAGACUCUCCCACUGACUGUUACCUUUGCCCCAGGCCACCCCAAACUUUUAUGCUCACAUUUUAUUAAAUAAAGCAGGUGCUCCCUGGAAUCUCUGGGACCUUUUUGAGGCAUUUGAAGCAGAAUAUUAGAGUGGUCUCAUCUCCUUCCUUAAUCUUGGUGGUUGGGAUGUUCCACUUGUAUCAUAGAUUUUUUUUAUUACUGAUGUGCUCCGCUGUUUUUAAAUGUGAACUUGUGCGCAAAUGUGCAGAUUCAAUGUUCUUGUUACAGAUUGAAUAAAUUUUUUAUUUUGAAGAUGAAA